GGUGUAUCGAUUACCUUCGAAAAUAUGAGUCUUCUGAAAAGAGGGUACUCGCUGCUAUUCUUUGGAGGGCUGCUAUAUGCCGGGUUUCUGUUGUGUUUGACGUCGCCGGCAUUACAGCGGAACCUGCUCUACCUUCACCGAGCGAAGCCAUUUUGGGGUGCGGAUCUGACGAAGCCAGAGUUGUAUGGCUUUGCGAACGGCAGAGUGAGACCGUUCCAUAUUCAGACCCCAGACGAUGAGCGUAUCUUCGCAUGGCAUGUGUUGCCAUUUAACCUCUACUCCGCACACCGGGAAGAAUUGGAGGCGCCGAAUUAUGAUUAUGCCAAGCAUACCGAGCUGUUGAGGAAUGAUCCAGAAGCGAGGGUGGUUAUCUACAUGCAUGGUACAGCUGGAACAAUCGCAGCAACCGAUAACCGUUUAAACACAUACCGGACAUGGUCACUUCUUCCCGGCAAUGUUCACGUAUUGACGAUUGACUACCGAGGAUUCGGGUUGUCUACUGGUGAGCCUAGUGAGGAAGGACUGGUUACGGACGGCAUUUCUGCUGUACAAUGGGCGAUGGAGAAUGGGGUCGCCCCGGAGAGAAUCGCCAUCGUGGGACAGUCCCUCGGCUCCGCCGUCUCCAUUGCCGUCGCCAACGAACUAGCGUCUCAAGGCACAUACAUCCGUGCUCUCCUCCCCAUCUGCGGGUUCGCCUCCCUCACCCAAAUCGUUACAACCUACCGCCUCGUCGGCUUCAUCCCCAUUCUCUCGCCUCUCCGUGUCUACCCACUCAUCCAGAACUUCAUCAUCAACAACUUCCUUUACGAGAAAUGGGAUUCAGCGACGAGAUUAAGGAGUUUCGCGGAGAAGACGAGGGGUAAGGAUGUUAGCAUUACGAUUAUGCAUUCGGUUUACGAUAUGGAUAUCCCGUAUGCGUCGUCGCGAUUAUUGUUCCAGUCUGCAAUCACUGGGUCUCUCCAUGCCGGGCAAGAUAUGACAUGCGCUAUGGAUGAUACAGAUCCUACAGUUGCGCCCGAUUUUGCGAAGGGUCUUGUGGACAAACGAACGAUUGGCAGUGGUGGUUCCGUGUACACGUUUAAAGCCGGCGAAGGGGAAAAAGAAGGACGGAUACAGUAUGUGGAACUGGACUGGGGAGGUCAUAAUAGAAUGCAGAAGGCGGACAGCGUGUUGAUGGCACUUGGCAAAGCAUUGGGUGUUUUGUAGGACAGGGGCAUUGAUAGAGUAGCAUGUUCAAUUGACUCGCAGGGUUACGGGACCGCGGUGAGCUCCGGCGUAGAUGUCGGGGAUUUCAGCGGACGAGUUAGGGAAGCCGUUACAGCGAG